AUGGCUGCACGACCAAAAAAGUUGAAGAAGGACUGGCAAGCCCUAUAUUUCCUUUUGACAGCUCGACUGCCAAAGUUGACUGUUCUGGGAAACACGCAACCAGGGCAUUGUGGGGGUCAUGAAUUUCGAAAUUCGCCGAUUUCGCAUUUUGUAUUGAAAGUUCAAGCUGAAGAGCUCGUAGAGGAUUUCCUGGAUGAUGUGACAUGGAAUGGAGGCACCGACAUCGCAUUCUCCCCAGUGCAGAGGAGUGAGCCUGUCAUUGGGCACCAGCUCAACCCCAACUUCAUAGGGAUUGGAGGAUUUGGAGCCAGAGGGCUGCCUUUCCUCAGACGAAUUCAAAAGAUCGUGCCAGGCUUGAUUGGACAGUGGCUGGGCUGA